UUCCCCCGCGCCCAAAUGAGCGGUGAUGGGCUGCGGCCGUCACCCACCUCCCUCCUCCUUCCCCUCCGCCAACUUUUCAGACUCGCGGGGGACACCCCCACCGGUGCGUUGGUGCCGUCCGGCCGCUCCCAAUUGCCAGGGAGAGGAAGAAGCGGGGACGCCGGGGGGGCGCGGCGUUCUGCCUCGCUGCCGCCCACUCCCCUCCGCAAGUGGAGUUGUGCGGGCAGCGGGGCAGCGCGGUACCGGCAGUUUCCUGAGGUGACGCGGGCGCAGGUGAUCCGGAGCGAGCUCCUCAGCGGCUUCAUGUGGUUCUGGAUCUUUUGGCACUUCUGGCACAGCUCGGACAUGGUGUUGGGUCACUUUCCCUACCCCGACCCUGCGGCCUGGACGGACGAAGAGCUCGGGAUCCCUCCGGACGACGAGGAGUAGACGGGUUCCUCCAGCACGCCGGUCGCUGGAACUAAAGAGGCCCCUGGAACGAAAGCUUUGGCUCCCCGGUCCUUACUUCAAUAAAAGUGAACUGUAACCAAA